AUAAAAAAUGCCGUACACAUUGGUGUUUACAAACUGUUUGACGUUUCUCAGCGAAAAGCAAUUUGGUAUACCGUUAUCAUUUUAUCUCCUUUCCUCUCGGCCAUAUUCAGCUGAUUCGAACCAACGAUUAACAGAUCAAAGUCCAGUUUUACGAGCUAAAAUAUCUGCAAAUCAUUUCAGAACAUGAAUAAAGUUGCAUUUAGUGCUAUUUUCUCCACUCUUAAAACGAUGGCCAGACCGGGAGCACCGAUCGCUCGCAAUCUUUGUGCAACAGCUGUACGUUCCAGCGAUGCGUCCGAAAAGUAUAACUUCAAAACGCUCAAACUAACGACCCCAACCCCAUUCGUGGUACAUGUUGAGUUUAAUCGUCCCGAUCGCAUGAAUGCCUUCAAUCGGCAGCUGUGGACGGAAAUCAAGGAUUGUUUUGAACAGCUGCACAAUGAUCCCGACUGCCGGGUGGUGUUACUGUCGGGCGGUACAUCCAAACACUUCACGGCCGGCAUCGAUCUGUUUGAUAUGAUGAAACUAGGCCAGGAACUUGGUGCAAUCGAGGAAGUGGGUCGUCGCGGUCGUCUCCUCGAGGGAACCAUCAAGCUCUACCAGGACUGUAUCAGUUCACUGGAGCAAUGUUACAAGCCAGUCAUCGUUGCGAUACAUUCUGCGUGCAUUGGAGCAGGCCUUAACCUGAUCACGGCGGCUGAUAUAAGAUAUUGCACGCGGGAUGCAUGGUUUUCGUUGAAGGAAGUGGACAUCGGAUUGGCGGCCGAUGUCGGUGCAUUGCAGCGUUUCCCGCGCGUUGUCGGCAAUCAGAGCUGGGUACGGGAGCUUAGUUUUACCGCACGCAAGUUUGCCAGCGACGAAGCAUAUAGCCAUGGGCUAGUUUCCCGACUUUUUGACAAUCGGGAAGAAUUGCUGCAGGGAGCGAUGAAACUAGCGGAAGAGAUCGCCAGCAAGAGUCCGAUAGCUGUGCAGGGAACGAAGAAAAAUCUUGUCUUUUCUGCUGACCAUACCGUCCAGGAAGGAUUGGACCAUAUCCGUGGAAUCAACAUGCUUAAUCUACAGAGCGAGGAUUUCUUGAACGCAAUUAUGGCUUCACAAAGCAAGGAAACGCCGGUGUUUGCCAAACUGUAACGCAAUCACGAGGAAAAAGUCUUUUUUUCGGCAACUGGGAGGUAAUAAAGUUAGGAAGUCAAUUUGA